AUGUAUGCCGCUUCCACAAAACAGCCUGAGAACCUGUCUCAAUCAGCAUUGAGCUAUCUUCAGUCACUCGAUAAAGCCACCAAAGCUCUUCGUCAAAAUCAAACUACGGAAAAUAAAGCACCGAAUUUGAAUUCACUACAAGAUUCUUCAAGAGCACCUACAGAACGUCGUCGAUCAUUGUCGUUGAUGAUCUCAGAACUCAGGCAGAAAACGCAAAAAGAUUAUGUUUUCGAUGAAUCGGACGACGAUAAAAGUACGUCAGGACGGCGAAGUCAUCUGUCGGGCAAGACUCCUUCCUUCGAUUCUUCAUCCAGCACUGGAGAGGAACGUAUCUUAUUUGAUUUACCGCUUGACAGUGGCAAGGAAGAUUCCAAGAAAUCUGGCGCCACUUCUCGUGGACUACCAGGAUUGGAACUGGGACGCAAGAGCAUAUCGGAACUUCGUGAGCUUCGAACAUCGAUCGAUCAUUCACUAAUAAAACCGCCAAAAGUGCUGAAACACCACAACACACGAGAACGACUCAGCAGCACUUCGAGGAAGGAAAGUUCCGACAUACCUGAUUUCGAGUCUGAAAGCGGAGAACAGCUGGUCGUUCCCAGGCGGAACGACUUCAAAACAAAAAGCCCUUUUCGUGCAGCGGUCGAAAGUGGCAGUGAUAUAGAGUCGAUUGAUUUUGAUAUUUCCGCUACCAAAGAUCUGGAGGUGGACCCAAGCUCGGGAUCAUCAACGCUGAGAGACUACGACUCUGACUUCGACUCUGUUUCCACGGAGAAAAAUGUUUUCGAGGCUGAUUCCAUUAGUGAUAAGAAGUUCUGGGAGUUCAUCAGAGCCUACAAUCGAGCCGAAAAGGGUCGCAGCACCGGUUUCAAUGCAAAGAAGGAGGUCGAGUUCUGUUCAUCAAAUGUCCAUCACAUAACUAAAGACGUACUUCGUACACAUCUCCAACUGUUAAAAGAAUUCCACCGGUUGGAAUGGACGUCACUACAGGAGUGGAAUGCGAUUCUCGAUGAUAUACGUGAAAAAUACGAUGGCCCGUCGACGGAGAAGCUCAAAGCGGUCAUCGAGAAACGCACAAAACACUACAGUACCCGUUAG